ACUAUCGCAAAGAAUAUGAAUAGACAUCUGUAAAUUAAAAUUAUAUGUAAACAAUUUAUUUUUUUGCCAUUCGCUAGGGGUGGUAAUUGGAUUGACAAUUUAUUUUCUAUUUUGCUAUUAUUCUUAGGUCUAUAUUUAGUGUGUUGCAUAUACUGUGCUGCAACCAUAACAGAAACAAUUUUUUAUUACUUUUUCGUUAUCCUUUUGUAUUAAAAAAGGUAAUAAACAUAAUUCAGUUCUGCUUUGGGUUCACGCCAAGUUUUUGCUAGAGAAAUUAUUAAAAUUGAACCAAAGACCUGGUAACAACAAAAUAAUUUAAACGUAAAAAAAGUGAGUGUCAAUGUCAAACUGACAGAUGCUGCUGCCGGCCUGUCGAAAACAAUUAUUUAUUUACGUAACAUAAUUUAAGAAAAUUACUUACUUAAGUCCAUAGAUAUGUAUAUUAAUCUGAGAUCAAUACCUAGGUUAAAAGCGAUAGCAGUACAAGUUUCAUUCUUUUCGUCUAAACCUACAGCGUCUGAGGUUUUAUCUGCUUAUUUGACACAAUGCAAUGAACCUCCCUGGACAUCUUACUUUGUGAAGUACAGUAGUGUAAAGAAUGACCAGUUUGGGAUGUCGAAUUUCAACUGGCAAGUUGGGAAAUCAAACUACCAAAUAUUGAGGACUGGAUGCUUUCCUUACAUCAAAUAUCAUUGCUCAAGAAGAAUUGUUGAAGACUUGGAUAUUUCUGAUAAAUUUAUGAGAGCCAUCAAAAUUAUUAAUUUAGGUAUACCUUGUUUGCUGUAUGGACUUGCUGCAACACAGUUGAUUAGACAUGAAGAAAUAGUGCAUACAACUAAAGGACCAGUCACAAUAUACUUCCUUCUACCGGAACACAAGGGAUCCAGUUACUAACCAAGAAAGUCAUCUUCCAAGUUUUUUUUGUAUGGAUAUAAAGGAUAUGGAGGAGUUUUAUAAAUAAUUUAUUUGUGGAACAGCAAUGGUUUUUUUUUUAUAACUUACUCUGCUUACACCUUGUCCUGUGAGCUUAGUGGCUAUUAUUUAAAUGCUGUUUUUCCAUAACUAUUUAUUUAGAAGGUAAUAAAUGUAUAUAUGAAUUUAAGUAAAUAAUAAAUUAUUUUUAAAAGUUA